GUCCGCACCGAGGCUGGUGGAGGAAGCCGGUGGUCUUGCCCCUCCUGGGUUCAUCCUACCGCAGGCGGGCCGAGUCGCAGAAUGGGAAGUGCCGGGAAGAUGCGGGCCUGCGUGGUGCCGGGGCUGGCACUCUGCCUGCUGCUGGGGCCUCUCGCAGGGACCAAGCCUGUGCAGGAGGAAGGGGACCCCUAUGCGGAGCUGCCGGCCAUGCCCUACUGGCCUUUCUCUACCUCUGACUUCUGGAACUACGUGCAGCACUUCCAGGCCCUGGGGGCCUACCCCCAGAUCGAGGACAUGGCCCGCACCUUCUUCGCGCACUUCCCCCUGGGGAGCACCCUGGGCUUCCACGUUCCCUAUCAGGAGGACUGACUGGUGUCCAGCCUGGUGCCCGCCCGCCCUGCCAGGCUGCCAUAGGUCGGGCCUCUGCAGGCAUGGAGUCCCGGCAAAGCUCUGGCUCCCGCGGAGUUGGGGGGGGUCAGGCCUGUUCUCAAUAAACUCCGGACUGAAGACGCACAA